CUUUAACCCAACUGAACCUGGGCAAGCGUGCAUGCACAUUAUCUACGGCUUUUCCCAAGAGGAGUACUCCUUAGAAUUUUACAGCUGUAAUUUAGGAACUGAAAGAUUGUGACAUUUACAAGAGAGUUGAAAUUUUCACAGGAUUUUGUUUAGUGAAAAGAAAAUGGAAGAAGCACUGACCAGCCCUCCUACGUUCAAACUGGACUUUUCAAAACAGAUAUUUUGUGUUGAGUUGUCACCUUAUGAAUGGUCUCAGCAAUUAAUAUGCAUUGCCCUGGGUGAGGAAAUCGUCGUGGGAACGGUCCAGUUUCAGGAUGAAGAUGAUGGAGAGGAUAUCACAUACAGUCCUAUUCGGACAUUUCAUCAUGAAACUAGAGUACAUGCUAUUGCUUGGAGUCCAGAAACAUCUCUUAGUGUUGUACCCAAAAUUGUGGCAUUCUGUGUCGCAGGAGCUGACUUCAAGAUCAGAUUGUACAACAGUAACCUGAACGAUGUCAACAUAUAUGAGAUUUUAGAGGGACACACGGACUAUGUUAAUUCUAUAGCUUAUGAACCUGAGGGUGAACUAUUGGCAUCAGCAUCAGAUGAUCAUACCUGUAAACUGUGGGCUGUGAAAGAGGACCAAAAGUGCAUCUCAUCGUUUUACCUAACUUCUCCAGGGGUUACAGUGUGUUGGCACAGGGAGGAGUCUGGAAAAUUAUUGGUGGCUGAGAAGAACGGUCUGAUUCACAUGUACAAUGUCAGAAGUCAACAAGACAUAAUGUCCCUUGAUGCAGGACUUGUACCUUUAGUUUCUGCAGACUGGAGUCCUAAUCCUUUAAAUGUCGUAUGUGCAGCAGCUGGAGAAUUGUUACUCUGGGAUGUAACUAGACCUAGUCGACCCUUUGGAAGCUUUACGCUGCACGUGGAAGGUUGCCUUAAGACUAAAUUUUGUCCUGCUAAUGAGUUGAUUGUAGCCAGUAUAGGACGACCGGACAAUCAUUUAAAGAUUAUUGAUUUGAAAUCGCAACAAAUAAUACUAUCAGGAAAAGUUCGACUUUUUGGAGGCCUGACCUGGCACCACAGAUUACCAUAUGUUUGUGCGAGCAACGACAGACAACUCAAUUUCUGGAGAGUAAACAUUAAGUCACAAAUAUGUCUAUAAAGUAAUCAGGAAAACCAGCUGACAAGCCAUUCCUUAUGGAUUCUAUUAAAUCCUAAGAUAACAAAAGAGUAUUUUUGUAAUACAGAAUAAAAAAAAUUAAAACCUAUA